GGUUAGGGUUUGCUGGCUGGUGCCGCGGGUCGCGCUAUCCAGUUGGGCCGCGAGGGCAGCCAAGGAAUUCACGAAGGUGCAUCGCAGGACGCGGAGACCGCAGACACAAAGACGUUUGGGUCGCAGCUAAGAACCAAGUAAACCAAGCUCGGGCAGCCCCAGCAAUAGCACGACGACCAUGCUCGGCUCGCCCAUCACGCCCCACAACAAGGCGCGCAUGAACGCGGCCGAGCUCGACGCCGACCUCUGGUUGGAUCGGGCGCGCGACCUCUGCGGCCACCGCGAGGCGCUGGUCGACCAGCUCAAGAGCCUCGGGACGCAAUUACAAACCGCGAACCCCGACGAGGCCGCUUCCCUACGACCGAAGAGCCACGCUCUGUUGCGGGAGUUGAGGGAGGCGGCCUGCCACGUCUGCGAGGCGGCGCAGCAGUAUAGGGACGCCUGCCGGAACCCCGACGCUCCAUUAGCCUACAAGGACGAGGACUACCUCGCGAAGAUGGCCCACGACCUGGACUUCAUGGGCGAGUCCGAGGCGUUGGUCGCGGCCAUCGGCACGCCUCGAAGACUACUGCGGAACAACCCGCUCAUGCUGCCGCGGCCGCUGCGCGCGGCGGAGCUCGACGCCGAGGACGCGCCGCCCAAGAACGCCGAGCAGGCGCGACUACGACGAGCGGAGGCGUUGCUGGUGGGGGCAUCCAUAGCCCACAGAAACCCGAAGGCCCCGUCGUCACUAGACAUGAUGAUCGAGGACCAGGGUUCGUCGCUCGACGCGCUCUCGCCGCAACCGGAGGAGGAGGAGGAGGAGGAAGAAGUCGUAAGUCGAACUCCGCCGAAGCCCGCGACCCCCAAGCCCCAGUUCGCGAACCAACCUUCCAACGUCAACGACGACUGGGUCCGCGAGGCCCACGCGCAGCUGAAAGAACUACGGGAGGCGCAGGCGCAGUUACCGCUGGAGCGGGGCGACCCGGAGCUCGCGGCCAUGAACAACAACCCCGCUUUAGAAAGGUUCAAGCCGGUGCUCGAGGGGAAGAAGCGCGCGCCGCCUCGCCAGAAGAAGCUCGUGGAGCUGAGCACGGAGGGCGCCUACGCCGACCCCGACGCUCGGAGCUACGUGGCGCCGCCGCCUCGAAAGGCCAAGAAGCACCAGAAUCGCCAUCGAGCGCAGAUCGUCGAUAAGCUCGAGAGACUGCAGCGGAGCGAGGGGCCCUUGCUCCCGCAAAUAAAGAUGGGCGGCCCCCCGCCGGGCCUCAAGAAGAUGCGCAAGAAGAAGGGACGACCGUUGCAGGGCGUGACGCUCGCGCGCGCCGAGCUUUCAGCCAUCGACCUCACCGCGGACGACCUCGAGGACAUCGCGUCGCUCGACGAAGCGCCGAACGAGGCCGCGAGGAGGGUUGGCGCAUGUGCCCUGACGCUCAUGUGUCGGGGCGACCGGUGCCCGCCGGACGCGUCGUGGAACGCUGUAAUAAGAGCCUUCGACGACGACCCCGACGGCAUGUUACGAGCGAUCCGCGCCGUCGACGCGAAGAGCGACGUGCCGCCCUUCAAGGCCCGGGCGCUGUCGCGCCUGCUCGCGUCGGGCGGUUUGGACGCGACGGCGACCUUCGAGCACAUUGACUCUGAGGCCGGAGAUGCUUUGGGUCGAUUGGCGGCCUGGUGUUCGCGGUGUGUUCGAGCUGCUUUACGGGCCGCGGAACGCGCGUCGGACGACGAGAGCAGCGUGCCGCAGAGACGCGGAAGAAGGCGCGCGGCGCGCGACGACGACUCGUACCAGUCGGACCUGUCUUCCCUCAACACGACGCCGCGCGGCAUGAUCAAACGGCGCGCGCGGCGGCGCAAGAAGAAGGUCGUACCGCCGCCGCCCGUGAUCCCACACCGUCCGAAAGAAGAGGCAUCCUUCAAGAACGGGCGCGUGAUGAUGGCGUCGUGGUGGCGCUUCGAGGCGGCGUCGACGGCGUGCCUCGUGAGCGUCGUGGCGCCAUCAAAUGCGCGGGGCAACUCGCACGCGCUCCUGGUCAAGGCCUACGAUCCUACCAGAGGCGACGGCGAGUCCGUGUUGGUCCUCGACGCGGCGACCGUAGAUAGGUUGCGCAACCACGAAACUUUGGAAAAUUUCGUGCGCACGCAGGGCCUGCUGCGCAAGCUCGAGCUGCGCGUGAGCGCGCACGGCGCGGCGAAGCUCCGCGAGCGCGCGGGCCCGCCGACGGGCGCGCCGGCGGCGCCGCCGGGCGGCGGGCCGCGCGUGUCCGGGGGCCUGCGCAAGCGCCAGGCCGCGUCGGCGCCGGUGGUGGAGAAGGAGGCCGUCGACGCCGUGCCGCCGCGCGCGAUCGAGACGGCGCCGCCGGCCAAGCCCGCCUCGGCCAAGGAGCGCUUCGCCGAGCGCCAGCGCGCCGCCGAGGCCGAGCGGCUGGCCCAGGAGCGCGAGGAGAAGGCCCGGCUCGCGCAGGCGCGGCUCGAGAAGGCCGCGCGCGCCGAGGCGAAGCGGCGCCUCGCGGCCGAGCGGGCCGCGGAGGAGGCGCGCCGGGCGAAGGCGGCGACGGCGCUCCAGAGCCGCGCGCGCGGCCGGUCCGCGACGGCGCGCACGAAGGAGGCGUUCGCGGCCGUCGUGCGCGUGCAGGCGGCCUGGCGGUGCCGCGUCGGCGCGCAGGCCCUGGGCGUGGCCAAGAGCUCGGCCGUGGCGCUCCAGUCGGCGCUGCGCGGCAAGAGCGGGCGCGAGGCGGCGCGGCGGAAGCGCGCCGCGAAGGAGCAGGCCAAGCGCGACGCCGAGCGCCGGCGCCGCGAGGCCGAGCGCCGCGCGGCCGAGGCGCGGCGCCUGGAGGCCGAGGAGGCCGAGCGGAAGCGGCAGGCGUUCGAGGCGAAGCAGCGCGCCGCGGCCGAGGAGCAGCGCCGCGCGGCCGAGGAGCGGCGCCGCGCGGAGGACUACGCCGCGGCCAAGGCCCGCGAGGCCGCCGCCCUGUCCGCGCGGCGGCGGGAGCGCGAGGCCGCCGAGGCCCGGGCGCGCGCCGAGGCCGAGGCCGAGGCGGCGCGGCGGCGCGACGAGGCCGCGGCGCUGGCCCGGGCGCCGAGCGCGUCGGCCUCGGAACUGGCCUCCGAGUCGGACGACGGCUACGGCGACGACGACUUCGACGAGUUCUCGCCGGCGAAGACGACGGGGCCGCCGAGCCCGGCGCAGCGACGGGCGCCCGCCGUGCCGCCCGUGCCGCUGGACCCGUCGUCGAGCGACGACGGCUACGGGGACUCGGACUUUGACGACGACGACGACGACACGUAG